GACCCUAAGGCUUCCGGUCAGAGCCGGUGCAGGUGGGUGGUCACUAGAAUAGCCUCUUCUGCUUAUUGGACUGUUGAGCGGGGUCGACCGCGCGUUCAUCACUGCGCCUGUGCAUUUUCUUUUUCUGUUUCCGUCCCCUUAAAUAGUCGGCCGACGGUUGCUAGGCAACAGUCCCUGGGUUACUUCGGAUUAGGGUUGCCGAGGUGGUUCCAGCGGAAAAAACGACUUGCCCUAGUCUCGGCUUUUUGGAGAAAGCGUCGGAGAUGCCCACAGCCCUGAAGUGGAAGAGAGGGAGGGAUUUGAACAAAUAAAGCUGACACUGAGGAGUGAUAUUUUGAUUAUUUCAAGAUGAGCUUCCUAUUACCCAAGCUGAGUAGCAAAAAAGAAGUAGACCAGGUGAUAAAAACUACUGCAGAGAAGGUGUUGGUUCUCAGGUUUGGCAGAGAUGAGGACCCCGUCUGCCUGCAGCUAGAUGAUAUUCUUUCUAAGACCUCUUCUGACUUGAGUAAAAUGGCUGCUAUAUAUCUGGUAGAUGUGGACCAAACUCCAGUUUAUACACACUAUUUUGAUAUCAGUUAUAUUCCAUCUACUGUAUUUUUCUUCAAUGGGCAGCAUAUGAAAGUGGAUUAUGG